AUGGUAACUGCAGGAGUUUAUUUACUUCUACGAUCUUCUCCUAUUUUAGAAUUUCGAUCAACAGCCUUAAUUUUAAUUACAUGGGUAGGUGCUUUAACUGCUUUUUUUGCAGCAACAACUGGAUUAUUACAAAAUGAUUUAAAACGAGUUAUUGCAUAUUCGACUUGUUCUCAAUUAGGUCUUUUAUUCUUAAUUUGCGGACUAUCACAAUAUAAUGUAGCAUUAUUCCAUUUAGUAAAUCAUGCAUGGUUUAAAGCCUUAUUAUUCUUAUCCGCUGGUUCUGUUAUUCAUGCAAUGAAUGACGAACAAGAUUUAAGAAAAUUUGGUGGAUUAUCAAGAUUAUUACUAUUUACAUAUUAUAUGAUGGUUAUCGGAUCUUUAAGUUUAAUGGCUUUACCAUUCUUAACUGGAUUCUAUUCUAAAGAUUUAAUUAUUGAAUUAGCUUAUGGACAUUAUAGUUUCUCAGGUAAUUUAGUAUAUUGGUUAGCAUCUGUAGCUGCAGUAUUUACAGCUAUGUAUUCUAUCAGAUCUUUAUAUUUAACUUUCUUAGGUUAUCCAAAUGGACCAAAAAUUAAUUAUCAAAAUAUUCACGAAGCUCCUCUAAUUAUGGCGAUUCCUUUAGUAAUUUUAGCUGUAUUUAGUAUUUUCUUUGGUUAUGUAACUAAAGAUUUAUUUGUAGGUAUGGGUACAGAUUUUUAUAAUAAUGCUUUAUUUAUUCAUCCUAACCAUUCUAUUUUAGUAGAUACUGAAUUUGGGCUUCCUUUAUCUAUGAAAUUCUUACCACUAAUUGGUAGUCUUUUAGGUACUUUUGGUGUUUUAGCUAUUUAUUGGAUUUUUGAUUCAUUACCUAACCAAUUUAUUAGUACUAGUUUAGGCCGAGGAAUUUACCGAUUCUUUAACCAAAAAUAUUUCUUUGAUAAUAUUUAA